UUUAUUAGAGUGAGUCGUUUAUACAACUACUGCGUAUUGUAAUAUUUCUUUUUCAACUUAAGAAUAUUUACCAACAAAAUGCUUGCUGUCAUAACUGCUAUUGGUAUAUUUAUAAGCUCAGUGUACGCAUUUGACGGCUGCUAUAAUUUAGGCGAUGUGAUACAACCAGAAGGAAAUUUAAGUGUUUCAGAAGCUUUUAGGGUGUAUAAUAUAGUGCCUGAGUAUAUACUUACCCCUCCAGAUGAUCAAUUAGUGGCUGGUUACCCAGAUGUGGAGAUACGUCUUGGCACUAAAUUCUCUCCUGUAAGAACUAUCAACUCUGUUUAUCUUAAUUAUCCAAAUGGAGCUGAGAAUGAAAUGUAUACCGUUAUGCUGUUAGACAUUGAUGCAAGUACGGGAGAUGAUGAAUUUUCAGCAUACAUUCAUGGUAUGUUCCUGAACAGUCCUGCGAGUAACUUGCUACUUGGGGACCAGAUUGUGCCAUAUGUUCCUGCUCAGCCUAUGCCAGGAACUGGAUACCAUCGAUAUGUCGGCUUGUUAUACCAACAAUCAGAAUAUCUGAAUCCUAACCAGACGAAGUACUAUCAGUUGGCUCGUCAACGGACUCGCUUUUCAGCAAUGGAUUUUGCUCAAGAAAAUAAUUUGAAGGAACCAGUAGCUGGCAACUUCUUCCUUGCCGAAUAUACUAUGUGUGAAAACUGUUAAUGGAAGAAUAUAAAUUAAUUCAAGAUUGAAAACUUAUCCUUGAA